AACACACCUGCGACAACUGCCGCGAGCUGUAAUAUUACACCUUUUAUUUUCGUCUAAUUGAAAAUUUUUGCGGCUCAAAAGGAGAAGUCCUUUUCUCAUUUCAGGAUUGCGCAGACUAAAGGCCAGAAUGAAAUUCAAUAAAGGAUAUAAAAUUAUCCAGAUAUGCCAAUUCUUCUUCGUUAUUGUAUUCCUAAACACAAGAGGUGUAAGCACUUCUAAGUGCUUUACGUCAGUGCAAGGGACGUCUCUGAUUGGCUACGUCUUCAUGAUGCUGUCAAACACGAACAUUCAUCAGUGUUUUCAGCACUGUAAAGGAGAAGCUAAGUGCCAGAGCUUGAAUUAUUACACGAGCAGCAACACGUGUCACCUAAGCAACCGGACGAUCGCUCAGAGACCGGAAGAUGCCCGACUGGACAGUGACUCCGUCUACUUUGAGAACCCCUACAAAGUUUCUCUCGGAUCUAUUCCAUCGAUGCCUGCUUCAUUGUGUGCUGAGCUGAAGCGCGCCUCCAGCACAGGAGUCAGCGGCGGUGUGUUCUGGCUUAUCAACGCUUCCUCGGUUAUGCAGGGGUAUUGCAAUCUAACAACAGGGUUGAUGGAGACAUGUACGGGCAACCUAUGCCAACACGGUGGAACGUGCCAUUAUCUGGGAUCUGGUAACUACAAAUGUGCUUGCACAAGUGGAUUCACAGGGGCAAAUUGUGAAACAAACAUUAACGAGUGUGCCAGUAAUCCAUGCUUGAAUGGAGGGACGUGCGUAGAUGGCGUUAAUAAAUACACGUGCUCAUGUGUAUCGGGUUAUAUAGGAACAAGAUGUGAAACUGUGUCCAGUGAAUGCAACUCCUACGCACAGAUAACGGAUGUCACACGUAAUAUCAAUCAACACAAAACAGCCACAGUGUGCGACCAAAGCAUAGAGACCAAAUGGUACCGAUUCACUGGAUCUGCCGGGACUCGAAUGCCUACGUCGUGUGUCCCUAUCAACAAAUGCAACACGGACGCCACCGGGUGGCUCAACGGUGCUCAUCCUACAGUUGCACAGGGCAUCGUUACUCGUCAGGUUUGCUUCCAUUGGAAUAGUAACUGCUGUAACUGGUCCGUCAACAUACAAAUAAGAAACUGCGGUGAUUCAUUCUACGUUUACAGACUUGUUGGAACACCGAAUUGCCAAUUGAGAUAUUGCAGCACGUAAAAGUAACUAAUUUAAAGAACAGCUCUAUGAUUCUUAGGUGGAGCUCUUAUAGCCGGCUGUCUGGGCAGAAAAUUGUAGCACUUCUUGGAAGGAUUUGCUAGUAAAAUUAGCUCUACUAGUUUCCAUCAACAUUAUACCCAUAUUGUGCUCACCGUUAAAAUUUAUGCUAUUUUCCCCCCAAUUUUUGCCCGACAAAAAUAACCAGGCACAACAGUAGAGUCGAAGUUUUAGAUUAGUCUCUUAUUUAGCAGAUCUCUUAGCUAUUGACAAUAAGAGCAAUGUGGGCUGGGAUAUUUGAUCUCUCGCAUUUAAGCUCUUUGGAGGCCUUACAAGGCAUGUUUUCCGCUUCGAGGCCGACGACUGCGGACGCUAUCUUGUCGGUCGAUUUCACGAGAACGGGAUCAUCAUAUCAUGCAACAAUUUUAAAUGCGCGAAAGCUGCCAUGUUUGAAAUAUUUUUUCAUAGUGCAAUUGAUGUAUGCAAUUGACGCAUUUUCAUACCCUGCUAGCAGAGCUUUCUUCCUGUUUGUUUCUAUCAGUUCACUUAUCUGUGUCGCGAGUCUGUUCUUUCGCGUUCUCGUUUGUUUGUAUCGCAGGAGAAAACCUCUGCCAACAGCCGCUAUCGAAUCCCAUUGAGCAUGCGCAAAAUAUUUUUGCUGUUACCAUGGGAAUUCUCGUCAAACGAGAACGCGAAAGAACAGAGACGUGACACGAAUAAGUGAACUGAUGGAAACAAACAGGAAAAAGCUCUGCUAGCAGGUAAUAUUUUCACAUCUAUAUAGCAGAAUUAAACAUCGAACUAGUCCAAAACAAAGACACUCAUUUUCAUUUUUAAAAUUAAUUAGAUGAAGAUAAACUAUACAUUUUUAAGGAUAUCUUUAUCCUUGGUGCAGGUACUAUCGUGACAGCUAUCAUUCGUAAUAAUGAAUGCAUUAUUAGGAUUUCGAGUUUGGGGGCUAGUUCAUCAAUUUGCUGCAUCUAUUUUCUUUCUUUUUUCUUUCAUCUAUUUGCUGACAGUGUCAGCAAAGCCCACAGGGUGGCUGGGUAGGUCUUCUGGGUAGUUCUGGUAGGUCUUCGUAGGUCCCCCUGGCUACGGGUCUUUAUCUAAUGUGCUUUUGUGCUCUUUAUUUUUCUCUCCUAGCUAAGAAGUACGGUGAAGUAAGGUGAUGUAGACGGUCACAGUUGCAAGAAGCGUAUCUAAAAAAGGUCAAAGCGACAAACCGACAAUGAUACGUCACAAACCUUUACUCACUCAAAAGUUACUUGAUUUUUUUAGUGCAACUCAUUGUGGGAAGGGGGUGGGUCCAAAGGAGGGGCAUACGAGGAUUGGAGUGUUAAAUUGGAACGCGAGGGGCACACGAGGUUUGGAGUGUUAAAUAGGAACGCGAGGGGCACACGAAGAUUGGAGUGUUUAAUAGGAACGCGAGGGGCACACGAAGAUUGGAGUGUUUAAUAGGAACGCGAGGGGAACACGAGGAUUGGAGUGUUUAAUAGGAACGCGAGGGGCAUACGAGGAUUGGAGUGUUAAAUUGGAACGCGAGGGGCACACGAGGUUUGGAGUGUUAAAUAGGAACGCGAGGGGCACACGAAGAUUGGAGUGUUUAAUAGGAACGCGAGGGGAACACGAGGAUUUGAGUGUUUAAUAGGAACGCGAGGGGAACACGAGGAUUGGAGUGUUUAAUAGGAACGCGAGGGGCACACGAGGAUUGGAGUGUUUAAUAGGAACGCGAGGGGAACACGAGGAUUGGAGUGUUUAAUAGGAACGCGAGGGGCACACGAGGUUUGGAGUGUUAAAUAGGAACACGAGGGGCACACGAGGUUUGGAGUGUUUAAUAGGAACGCGAGGGGCACACGAGGAUUGGAGUGUUAAAUAGGAACGCGAGGGGAACACGAGGAUUGGAGUGUUUAAUAGGAACGCGAGGGGAACACGAGGAUUGGAGUGUUUAAUAGGAACGCGAGGGGAACACGAGGUUUGGAGUGUUAAAUAGGAACGCGAGGGGCACACGAGGAUUGGAGUGUUAAAUUGGAACGCGAGGGGCACACGAGGUUUGGAGUGUUUAAUAGGAACGCGAGGGGAACACGAGGAUUGGAGUGUUUAAUAGGAACGCGAGGGGAACACGAGGAUUGGAGUGUUAAAUUGGAACGCGAGGGGAACACGAGGAUUGGAGUGUUUAAUAGGAACGCGAGGGGCACACGAAGAUUGGAGUGUUAAAUAGGAACGCGAGGGGCACACGAGGAUUGGAGUGUUAAAUAGGAACGCGAGGGGAACACGAGGAUUGGAGUGUUUAAUAGGAACGCGAGGGGCACACGAAGAUUGGAGUGUUAAAUAGGAACGCGAGGGGCACACGAGGAUUGGAGUGUUAAAUAGGAACGCGAGGGGAACACGAGGAUUGGAGUGUUUAAUAGGAACGCGAGGGGAACACGAGGAUUGGAGUGUUAAAUUGGAACGCGAGGGGCACACGAGGUUUGGAGUGUUUAAUAGGAACGCGAGGGGCACACGAGGAUUGGAGUGUUAAAUAGGAACGCGAGGGGAACACGAGGAUUGGAGUGUUUAAUAGGAACGCGAGGGGAACACGAGGAUUGGAGUGUUAAAUUGGAACGCGAGGGGAACACGAGGAUUGGAGUGUUUAAUAGGAACGCGAGGGGCACACGAAGAUUGGAGUGUUAAAUAGGAACGCGAGGGGCACACGAGGAUUGGAGUGUUAAAUAGGAACGCGAGGGGAACACGAGGAUUGGAGUGUUUAAUAGGAACGCGAGGGGCACACGAAGAUUGGAGUGUUAAAUAGGAACGCGAGGGGCACACGAGGAUUGGAGUGU